CCUGAGCUUCAGGGAUCGCAAUAAUAACAAUAACAAUCAUAAUAAUGCUGAUGCCUUGAUGACAUAUCAGGAGGUCUUGCGGUGUGCAUGCAUUAUUGGAGGAGACUCGGCUUUUUGCCUUAUUCCACAGCCCUCGACAUCCGUCCCGAAGCAUCGUCCGUGCUGUCUCCGCUCAGUACCGAAGCGGUGUUACCAACGUCCCGACUAUGCGGCGAUCUGUUGAUAUCCCGCAGUCACCCCGCAACCGUUGAAGACCACCAGUGUGGAGUCUCUAUCAGAGCAUAGCCAACACUGGAACGGCGUGGGAAUGUCCUCUAACGCUUCUGAAGAGGUGCCCAGAAGGCCGAGCGGACUUCAUCCGGCACGAUCGUUCACCAGAAUGGAGACUUCGACAACAGCAAACCCUUUCGCGAGAACGAGGUCAAAGACAAUGCAGAAUAUAACGGUCCCCGAAAGCGUUAGUUCAGAUGCUCUUCCGUUGCCGUUAUCUCCGCAGGAUGAUGGCACGGAGGGUCAGCUGGAUGUCUUCGAAAAACGGGGAUCAAGCGAUUCUGACAACGGGAACCUUGCAGAGGACGGGGAGCCUUUACUGGAGCCUGAGGAAGGAUUCGAUGAACUGCCCAUUGAAUUGAUGAGCUUGACAGACCGAUUCGUCUAUUCUCUCAGCGCCAAAGUAUAUACUACGCCUCCGUCGAUAGACAAGAUUUCCGAUAUGUUUCAAGAAUUUUAUGACCGUGCAGAGACGCAUAUAGCUACACACAUUUCGACUCUAGCUUCCAGGCUGAACCGGGAAGCACCGCCUGCUUCUUCGAAAUCCGUCAAGGGUGGUACAACAGCCGGUACUGAGAAGGUGCUUGUGGAUCAUCAAAUGCUGACUGUUUCUGAAGUCGCUGAAAAAAGAAAGGCGCGGAAAUUGCUGGCUUACAAGCGUGUCGCACUGGAAGAGGCGGUAGAGCGCAGAGCCUGUGAGAGCAUUUAUGACAAGAUCUGGCGCCAUAAGAGUACUUUGGACGAAGUUAGAGAUGAAAAGCUCCGAUCCAAGACCGCAGCCCUAUCAGUGGUGGGAAUUGAUCUCAAAGAUCUCGGUAUCGAGGCGUUCAGCGGGGAUGGAAAGAAACAGGAAGAAGCUGAUGAAUGGCUCGCCGCUGCUCGAGAGAGUCUUAUGAAAAUGAACGACGAGAAGUAUCCCCUUGGGAAGCUGCGUCAUCUGACGGCAGCACAUAAGGCGAUCGUUGACACUCUCACGAAUCUUCUACCCUCGUCCUCCUCGGCCGAUGAGAUCCUACCUACGUUAAUAUAUUCACUAAUCACAUGUCCGCCAGAUGGGCUGAAUGCGAUCAGCAACCUUCUCUUCAUACAACGGUUCAGAUCUUCCAGCAAGGUUGAUGGGGAGACUGCGUAUUGUCUAACAAACCUUGAAGCUGCAAUUAGCUUCUUGGAAAAUGUAGAUCUCUCAAGCUUGCGUGCUGAUGAGUUGCCCGAGGGCCAGCAGAAAGCACCAAGCGGGAGUGUCACGCCUGCUAGUGAAAAGACCGAUCCUUUUCGACCACCUAAGGAGAUACCAUCAUCCUCUGUAACAUCUGCAUCAGCAGCUCCAGAGUUCUCCAAACCUAGUACUCCCACCAAAGACAGCAUAUCUGCGACGUUGCCCAGACCACAACUCGCAGCCCCUCAAAGCCAGCAACGCCGCCUGAGCAAUCUUUUCCAACCACCGGCGAAGGUUCUUGGAGCUGCAAAUGAUGCUGUUCGCAAUACUGCCGACCAGGGAUUAAAGAAUAUCGGGAAUACCCUCGAUAACAGCUUCAAUUUCCUUUUUGGGCGUCUGAAAGAAAUGCAAAACCAGGGACCUGAUCAGCGUUCGGUACUCCCAAAGACCUUGGACGAGGCACGCCGCCUGGUCACUUCUCCUUCCAAGCUCGAGAAUGGCACGGAUUUGAACGACGAUGGAUCGAUAAAAGCACUUUCAACACCAGAUCCUGCACCGAGGCCCACUCGUGCCCGUACAGAGGAUAGGCUUCUGGCCAUCGUUGGCGGAAAUAAAACGCCCCGUGAACGCAGUACGGACAGUGCUCAAAGCCGCAGCAGUAGCACGAGAAACCCUACCAUACCUUCUCGCUCCCAGAAAGAAGAAGCCAAUCCAAGCCCGACUCCGGGUGGAUCGAUCUUCUCUUCAAGUUCCGCAUCAACGCCUCUCGAGUCCAUGAAGAACUUCGGAAACACGUUCAACCCACUAAAUCACAUCCCUGGCAUGAUCCGUGGCUUUGGCCGCUCCGCAACAACGCCCGACCCAGGAACAGGAGUAACUACCCCAGCAACACCAGCACCAGCAGUGCCCUCUCCUAUAGACAACAAAACUCAACCUACUCUUUCAACGGACGGCUCAGCAGACGUAUCUGCAACCCUUUCCAGGAUCGACCCGCCUCUCAGGCGAUUCCUGGAGACAGAAGAUGCUGGUGAUCUCAAACUCCGCGACGUGGCGGAGUUACUACAAGACUACAAGAGGCUUGCAGCAGCAUUAGCGAGUCUCGGUGGAUCUCACUAAGUUUUCGCCUCAUUUAUCCCUGCUUUCGUUUUAGUGAACUUUCUUUCCCUGUCGGCUAUAUAAAGGCUGUAUGUAUAGAUAGUGAUACCGUUCCGGUCUGGUUUCCCAUUCGCUCUUCAUUGUUUCCUUGGGGCUUCGCCUUUGUUCGUUAUUAUUAGGCCGUGGAUC